AUGAAUCCCUCCUUAUCUUUAUCCAGCCAAGGUCCUACAUCGUUAGAACAUGGGUCAAGUAUUAAACAUCAACUAAUACAAGGUAAAGCUAGUAUUUUUGAUAUCGUUUUCCCAAUGUAUUACCAGAUGUUUCAGAUGAAUAUAAUCCCACUCCUUCUAUAUUAUGCCAUUGCCGCGCUUUUGGGAUCACAAACAUUAUUUCUUGCUCUCUGGCCUUAUACGAAGUUCUGGAAAAGCAAUAUGACCGAGACAGAUAAUCAGAUAUACAAAUGGUUGAAAGCUAUUUUAAUAUUUCUUAAAACUCCAUAUGAUACAAAGCAGGGUUUUGUUAAGGAAAUCGUUUUUACUGGAUUAAAUAUCUUUUCAAUAAUAAUCAUUAGCCUCAACUUAGCUUACUAUCGUGCACAUAGAAACUUCCAAAAAUUCAUGCUAAUACCGAUUCAGCCGUAUAACUUAUGUGCUUUGGUCGGAUUCCUUCCUUCAGCCUACGUGAUUGGCGAAGAUUAUACAAAAAUUGUUGCAGGGGAAGCAGAUGGAUACUGUAUUGCUUCCUUGUUACUAGCAAUUAUCAACAUCAUCUAUGAAUUCGUUUUUCAUAUCAUCGCAAUGUACAUGUUUGGCAAGAGCGUUUUCAUUACAAACAUGCCAUUCACAGCAUUUGAUCCUUUAAUGAACUUUUUAAUGGUAAUGAUCAGUACAAUUAUAAUGAUUUUAACUUUCAUUUUUACGUAUUUUGCAGAUUGGGCAUAUUUAGUGAUGGCAGCAGUCACAAUUAUCAUUUUCAUUUACCUUUUCCACCAUACAAUGCACAUAUUUUACAUCACACACCUAUCAAAUAUAAUAUUAUUUGCUGUUACAUUAACAAAUAUAUGCUGCAGCAUCUUUAUGUUUGUUGCUUACUUCUUCCCCAAGAUGAACCACAUUAUUCCAUACAUUUUCCUACUUUGCUGCUACGGAUUUUUCUCUUUUAUCGGUUUGGUCGUUUUCCAUUUCUACAGAAAGAAGAUCAUCGAGCAGCUCUCAGUAUCAGAGGAUGCCAUGCCCGAAGACAGGAAGCAGUAUUUCGAUUCACUAAAAAUCAAGCGAUCUGACAAAAGGGCUUUGAUGUAUUUGACAAUCGGAUUCAAGUUUGCAUGUCCUUUAUUCACAGAUUUCUCUCUCAUUGAGUAUCUUUUUGAUGAUAACUGUUCGACUUAUUUGCUUUCUCAUUUAGCCCAGAUUGCAAAUUUCUUUCCAAGCGAGUCAAACAUCAUUAAUAGAAUGCUAAACAGUUUGAUGACAAGGAGAAACCUAAAAAUAGGCGACAGAUACUUAAUUUACCAAAUCUACAAAAUAAAAAUUCUGAGGCAGUACUCGGCCUCUUCCGCAGAAUCCACAUCCAAACUGAACGAUCUAAAGAACGUGAGCAGACAGGUCGAGCUCAUCACGAGAAGUGCGUUGGAAGCCCACGAACUCAAGCCAAGCUAUUACGAAGAACUCGCGCACAGAUCAAAGAGAGCGAAUGCAAUUUGGAAGGAAGCACUGAACGAGUUUCCAAACAACGCAAAGUUCUGCGAAGAAUACUCCAGGUAUUUAAUCGAAGCUGAGUCUGAUUAUCCAGAAGCAGUUUACUCGAAAUUUAGGUCAAAUAUGAUUGAGCUGGGAAAGAACUUCUCAGUGGAAUACUCUUUGAGAAGUAUGCUGCAAAUGUUCCCUGUCUACAUAAAGAAGAACUUAGUUGAUUUGAAUGGAAAUUUGCUAACGAAGAAACGAAUGAAAAGAGGCGAGUCAGUGAAAUCAAUUGUUGACGAAAACUCUGACAAUUCACGCGACAACAAAUCAGAAGAAAUUGACGACGAAGUAUUAGAGAACAUCGCCAAGACAACGUUCAGCCAGGCAAAAUCGAGAAUAGCUCUACACAACGCACUCAAAAACAAGAUUCCUUACUCAAUACAUUUGCUAGUUCCAGUGACAAUUCUGAUUCUGAUUAUCAUUCUGAUUCUGACUAUUUUUGUUGUUCUCUUUUCACAAGUGAAAGUGAAGAAGCAGACAUUGUCAAUGGGAUUGCUAGACUCAAUAUCAAAGACAAGAUUCUACUUGGCUCUCAACGACAUGGAGAUUUUGAUGAGAUACGCAGUAGACAGAGGACAUUACGGAAAGUACCAAACUUUGAUGCUGCAAUUGGAAAACAACUGUUCAGAACACGACAAAGUUCUUGACGUGAAAGAAGACUAUCUCUACCAGUCAUUCUUCAAUCUUCAAAACGCACUCAAUCAGUACGACAUCAUGAUGAAUGACAUCGCUGACUUCGCAAUUGAAGGAUACAAUGUCUACAACUUGUCGAAGAAUUUGAUCAGAACGAAACAUGAAAUAUAUACCUGUUACGGUGGAUUUCCUGUGUAUAUUCUAAAUGAAACAGUCAGUACAAUCAUAACUGUUUUGAUGGCUCACCAAUCAUAUAUCAUAACAAGGAUCAAAACAAACAUUUCUGACAUGUUUAAUCUCCACCAAUUUUGUGAAUUAAUAACAAACUUGAGAACAUUUUACACAGUUGUUCCAUCAAUUUUCCAAGAUUUCUGCAACUUUCAGAUCGAUGAAGGAGAGAAUCUUCAGAAAAGUUUCAGGUACAUUUUGUAUUCUGUUCCUGUUGUUGUUACCAUUUUAGCUUUCGUUCCAAUUUUGAUUUGUCACUUCCUGAUAAACAAAUCAUUGAAAGAGAUUUCGGAAAUCAUCAUGUCAUUCGACAGCAAAACUAAGAACGAAGCUAAAGAGCCGAUAUGUUAUGAUGCAAGUUCUGAAGAGAAUCAAUCAUUUUCUGAGAUCAAAGUUGGUUCCAACAAAUCUUUCUGGAUGAUUUUGUUGGUUUGUUUCGUCGCUUUCCUCUUUGUAUCAAUUGUUGUCGCAAUGACAAUGUUGUCUUACAAUGCCAAUAAGCACAUUGUCGAUCUCAACAAGUGGGAUCAAUUCGCAACACUCAGACUGUCACUGACAGCAGAAGUAAUGAACACACAAACAUUUGGCGUUGCACAGUUUGACAACCCGAAUUCGACCAAUGUUUCUUCUCCAACAAUGGCAUACGGAAUGGUAAAAGUGUUGGUUGAAGAGUUAGUUAGGGUAAACAAUGAGUUAUUGCAGGGGACAGACAACUCUACAGCAUGUUCUGGAUUCGAUGAUGAAUUAGAUAAACAGAAUUUCAUUGAUGAUGAAAUUGAUGACGAAAAUCAAUUGGACAUCCAUGAAAUUUAUUCACACAGCUCUAUCACCACACAGCUAAAGAUAUUCUCUGACUACGUGAUGCAGACUGCCAUGGAGUUCGUUACUUCGAAAUCUCUCACACCGACUCCUUACGCACAAAGCAUUCAUUUGCUUUCGAAACAUCUGAGUCCGAAGAUGCUGAUUGUCACAGAGAGAUUGAUGGAACUGGCUGAUAUUCAAUACAACCAUCUUAUACUGACAAAUGGGUUGUUAAUAAUACCUGUUUUCGCUUUGAUUAUAGCAUACGCUGUCAUUGUUUUCCUUUACUUCACAAUGAGGAAAGAUACUUAUUUGGCGAGUUUGUUCAUACUGAAGAGAUUUAAUCCAAUAACUCUGAUAAACAACAAACUCUUCAACAAAUACUUCCUCAAACAUGCAACUGAUUCAAUGAUUGAUAGCAAGACAUUGUCAGGAAACAUAAUUCACAACUCUUCUGACGCAAUUUUCUUCACAAACUCGCAUGGAAUUGUCGAAAUCGUCAAUCCAGCAACAACAGUUAUGCUCGGAUACACUCCAGAGCAAUUACUCGGCCAAUCUGCAAGUGUUUUCUUUGUCCAAGACGACGAAACAAAAGUGUACCAGCAGAUGGAAAUGAUGUUGAAAGGACAGGCAAAUCCUUUUUAUGAGGACGAUGUCACAGCAAUCACCGAUAGCUGCUCAUCUUUGCCAUGUAAAAUGACAAUUUUGGGAGUUAAGUCAACAAAUUCAAAUGAGAUAAAAUCAUUUGUAAUUAUGCUGAGAGACCAAACAGUUCUCAUGGAGCAGCAGAAACAGGCAGACGCAGCGAAGGCAACAUCAGAAAAACUCCUUUAUCAGAUUCUUCCAAGAGAUAUCGUUGUCCAGAUCAACAGAGGAGAGAAAAACAUUUCUUUCACAGUUUCUUCUGCUUCAAUUGUUUUCAUUGAUAUAGUCAAAUUCUCUGACUACUCGAGCUCUUUAACACCCCAAGAAAUUAUGGCCAAUUUGAGUCACUACUUCAACACUCUUGAUACAAUCAUGGCGAAAUUCGAUCUGCUAACAAAGAUCAAAUUAAUUGGAGAUAUUUACAUGGCUGCUGGAGGUUUGUUCAACCCGGAGUUACCUCCUCAGAAACAUGCCGAGCAAAUGGUUCUUUUCUCUACAGAAGUGAUUGGCGAACUCGAAGAAAUAAAUCUCAGAUUGAACUGCUCUUUGAGCGUCAGAGUUGGUGUGAACACAGGUGGACCAAUAAUUGCGGGAGUUUUAGGAAAAGACAAACCUGUUUUCGAUAUUAUUGGAGAUCCAAUUAACAUUGCCUCACGUUUGCAGUCUACUGAUAUCGCAAACCAUGUUCAGAUUUCGCAGUCCACGUACGAAAUGAUUAAUCACCUCAAUCUGAACGUGAAGCCAAGAGGAGAAGUUUUCUUGAAAGGAAAAGGAUCUCAGAUGACAUAUUUAGUUUCACCACCAAAUUUGCAGGAUUCACUAGAGUUAGAUGUUCCGAUACAAAUGAGUAAUUCACAGCUCGAAAUAAUGAAGCCUUUGUCAGCUUCGAAAGCAAGAAUUACUACAGCAACAAGUAUCUCUCCAUCUACAAAAUAA